AUGAGAUCCGCCACGGUCCGCCUCCUCGCGACCGCCCUCCCAACGUCCUCGAUCGUUGUGUGCCAGAAGGACCUGCUGCCCACGAAGGAAGACAAACAACUACUCAGAGAGAGGCGCGCGCGCGAGGACCGGCUGCAAGCCUACAUCAAGGGCGACGCCCUCGCGCUCUACCGCGCCGAGUGCCACGGCGGCCAGGAGCGGUCGCGCGCGUGCGCGGCGGCGCGCGACUUGAUCGAGGCGCGGAGCCACGCGCUCAUGCACCCGCCGGCCGCCACGGCCCACUCGCUGAAGCACUACCACCUGCGCCACGGCUGCACGCGCUGCACGCCCGCGGCCGCGGACGCCGCCGCCGCCGCCGUCGCGCGGACCAAGGCCUCGCGCGUCGUCGAGGUCGGCGCGGGCCGCGGCCACUGGGCGGCCGCGCUCGAGCGGCGCCUCGGCGCCGACAUCCUCGCCUUCGACGACGGCUCGGCCGUGCCGUCCGCCGGCGCGCCGGACGUGUUCCCCGUCGUCCGCGGCGACGCGGCGGACGCGGUCGCGGUCGCGGACGCGCUGCUGCUCGUCUACCCGCCGCCGACGCCCAUGGCGCGCGACGCGCUCGACGCCUUCGGCGGGCGCCUCGUGCUCUACGCGGGCGAGCCCCGCGGCGGCGCCAACGGCGACGCGCUCUUCUUCGACAAGCUCGAGGCCCACUUUUUCGUGAGGGAGGUGGUGGCGCUCGACCCGUUUCCCGGCGGCGCGGAGAAGCUCUACGUCCUCGAGCGGCGGCCCUGGUGGUGGCGCCGGGGCUUGAUCCGCCGGAAGACGACGCCCGUCUAG